AUGCGUCGGCUUAAGUUUUACUCACAGAAAGAUCAACCUAUUAACAGCGGCUGUGAAACAGGAAAAUUUGGGAUUGAUUGCAGCUUAGAAUGUGGAAAUUGUAUAAAUAAUACCUUCUGUAACAAUAUUUCUGGCCGGUGUCCGGACGGAUGUGAUCCCGGAUGGACUGGUCAAUUGUGUAAUAUAGAAUGCGCAAAUAAAACGUUCGGUUUAAACUGCUCCAAUCGUUGCGGGAAUAAUUGCAAUUCUGAUGGAAGAUGUUACAAAAAUAACGGAAUAUGUAUAGGCGGCUGUACAUCUGGGUACGACUACAACCAUGAUAAGACAUGUAAUACCGCCUGUUCAACUGGAUUUUUCGGACAAAACUGCACUCAUAGGUGUCACUGUUCAAAUAACGAUUCUCUGAAUGCGUGUGGAACAACAGACGGCAGUUGUCCAAAAGGCUGCGAAGAAGGAUGGACUGGUCGUAACUGCAGUGUUUUGAAAAUAAGUUACCAGGAGUCUGGUGAUUCAGUGGUUGUUGUUGCCAUUUCUAUUUCCGCAUCAACAGCGACAGUCGUCGUACUUGCCACUGUCGUCGGAGGUUGUAUCUACUGCAAAAGGAAAGAUCGGCAAUCAACAACAGCCGACACCGAAUCUGUAGGGGCACCAAGUGCGUCAACGUCAAACUCUGAUGAUUAUAUCACAAACAUUGGUAUUGCGAGAACAGUGAACACAUGAUUUCAACGAACAAUAACCAUACAACGCACCAUAAGAUUGUGUAAGCGUUUGUUAACUGUACAAUGGGAAGGUUAUUGAACCACAUUGAUCAGCAAUUAUGACCAAUACAAGAAUACCUUGCGAUAUGCCGUAUAUUCAAUCUAUUUGCUUAUAUGUUUUAUGUAAUUUAAUUUUUAAAUAAUUGUUUUAAUCUAACGAUUUUAAUAAAAGUAAAAGUUAUCCAAAAUAAUUAUAGCUAUAAAGAAAAUAUAAUGAUCCUGUCAUUAGAUGCAAUUAUAAACAGAUUAUGGAAAACCUUUUUAACAAUUAAAUCCAUAAUUUAUUAUAUAUAAUAUUGUAGCAGUAUAUUAUCUUUAAAAAUAUUCAAACGAAAAACACUCGUUCUAUGAUAAGUGCAACAUGCCAAAAUGAGACACAAAUAAAGAGCAAGAAAUACUGAUGCAAUUUCAUUACAAAAAUAUGAGGGUCAUAAUUUCCAUAUAAUGCCCUAUAAUGCCACCAGAAUAAACGUCAUGAAGCUAGAGUAUCGUUAGGUGUUUUUGUCUGCCGAAACUUAAUAUCAUAUCUCAGCAUUUCAUUCAGUAGCAUUACAAGUUGUAUUGCAAUCUGUAAUAAAUCUCACAUAUUUCCAUUUUGAAACAAAAACGACAAAAAAAGAAAAAAUAAUUGAAUAUUAAUAUAUUUAGUAUAUUAGGUAUACAGAGUUAACGACGACAUAAAUGUUAUAUCUAGUUACUUAUGGUUUAUGUUAUAUGAUAUUAAAAUAUGUAAGAUAC